GAAAUCUGCUCGGUCUCCGGCAGCCGCCGCUUCCCCUUUGAUGUUUUGGUACGCCGUGCGCAUGCGCCUCACAUUAGAAUUACUGCACUGGGCAGACUAAGUUGGGUCUCCUCUCUUCAGUGAAACCCUGAAUCCCGUCAAAAACUAAAGGGAUGUGGAGAGUCCGGAAAAGAGGCUACUUUGGGAUUUGGUCAUUCCCCUUAAUAAUCGCCGCUGUUUGUGCUCAGAGUGUCAAUGACCCUAGUAAUAUGUCGCUGGUCAAAGAGACGGUGGAUAGACUCCUGAAAGGCUAUGACAUUCGUCUGAGACCAGAUUUUGGAGGUCCUCCAGUGGCUGUGGGAAUGAACAUAGACAUCGCCAGCAUCGAUAUGGUUUCUGAAGUGAAUAUGGAUUAUACCUUGACAAUGUACUUUCAGCAAGCCUGGAGAGAUAAGAGGCUGUCCUACAAUGUAAUACCUUUAAACUUGACUCUGGACAACAGAGUGGCAGACCAGCUCUGGGUGCCUGACACCUACUUCUUGAAUGAUAAGAAGUCGUUUGUGCACGGAGUGACUGUUAAGAACCGCAUGAUCCGCCUGCAUCCAGAUGGCACAGUCCUUUAUGGACUCAGAAUUACAACCACAGCUGCCUGCAUGAUGGAUCUAAGGCGGUACCCACUGGAUGAACAGAACUGCACCUUGGAAAUUGAAAGCUAUGGAUAUACAACCGAUGACAUUGAGUUUUACUGGCGUGGGGAUGACAACGCAGUGACAGGAGUAACAAAGAUUGAACUUCCACAAUUCUCUAUCGUAGAUUACAAACUUAUCACCAAGAAGGUCGUUUUUUCCACAGGUUCCUAUCCCAGGCUGUCCCUCAGCUUUAAGCUUAAGAGAAACAUUGGCUACUUUAUCCUGCAAACCUACAUGCCUUCCAUCCUGAUUACCAUCCUCUCCUGGGUAUCCUUCUGGAUUAAUUAUGAUGCUUCAGCCGCAAGAGUGGCAUUAGGAAUCACAACUGUCCUAACCAUGACCACAAUCAACACCCACCUCCGGGAAACUCUCCCUAAAAUCCCCUAUGUGAAGGCCAUUGACAUGUACCUGAUGGGGUGCUUUGUCUUCGUUUUCAUGGCCCUUCUGGAAUACGCUUUGGUCAACUACAUCUUCUUUGGGAGGGGGCCCCAGCGCCAAAAGAAAGCAGCUGAGAAGGCUGCUAGUGCUAACAAUGAGAAGAUGCGCCUGGAUGUCAACAAGAUGGACCCCCAUGAGAACAUCUUACUGAGCACCCUCGAGAUAAAAAAUGAAAUGGCCACUUCUGAGGCCGUGAUGGGACUUGGAGACCCCAGGAGCACAAUGCUGGCUUAUGACGCCUCCAGCAUUCAGUAUCGGAAAGCCGGAUUGCCCAGGCAUAGUUUUGGCAGAAAUGCUCUGGAACGACACGUGGCCCAGAAGAAGAGCCGCCUGAGGAGACGGGCUUCCCAGCUGAAAAUCACCAUCCCCGACUUGACUGAUGUGAAUGCCAUAGACCGGUGGUCCCGCAUAUUCUUCCCCGUGGUUUUUUCCUUCUUCAACAUCGUCUAUUGGCUUUAUUAUGUGAACUAAAGCAUAGCCUCCUAUGGGAAGCAAGGACUAGAUUCCUCCUCAAACCAGUUGUACAGCCUGAUGUAGGACUUGGAAAACACAUCAAUUCAGGACAAAAGUGAUGCUAAAAUACCUUAGUUGCUGGCCUAUCCUGUGGUCCAUUUCAUACCAUUUGGGUUGCUUCUGCUAAGUAAAGAAUACACUAAGGUCCUUGUGGUUU